AAUCAUUAAUCAGAACCUGAAAGGAAACUGUAUCUUAUUCCUGGCUACAUAAGGAAGUGUUGCCUUGCGUCUUGAACCACCAGCAUUUGAAGAAAGCACUCGGAGGAAGGAGGUGCAGGUGCUUGUUUUCCAUGUAACCAGGUGACAGGAGAGCAUGGGCAAAUAAACUACCUGCAAGAGAGAAAGAGUGUGAGUGAGCAGCAGCCACAGAGAUCCACCGUGCUGGAUAUGAGUUUUGAUUCUGAAGUGAUAUCAAUGAUCUCGUCUACCUGGCUCUGAUCUCCGAAUGAUGACCGGUCUGGGUGGGAUCAGAACUUCCUUGGUAACCUGAAGCUCUUUCAUGACUUCACCGAUAUGACAUACCUGGCUCACACGGCCCAUGCCCAGCUCUUGGCCCUGUGGUUGAGCUGCAUGGGCUGGACCCUCACGGUUGUGGCCAUGGGACUGAUCCAGUGGAGGGUUUGGCAUGUGUCUGACAUAGAGGUCAUCAACUCUGGGGUGGCCUGGGUUGGCAUCUGGAGGGCCUGCUUCAACAGCCACACCCUGGUGACACCCAGCUUUAGGGUUAUGCACUGCCAGUUCAUCAGCCUGACCGAGGCCUUCACACCCCCGGAGAUCGUGGCAGGUCAGGUCCUCAUGCUCCUGUCUCUGUUCGUGGGGAUUUGUGGAAACGCUGGUGGAGUUUAUUCCCUGAGAAAUGUCUACUUUGGGAUGGAGAAGAACUCCCCGAUUCGUUUGGCGUUCUUUAUCUCUGGUGUGCUGUGUCUUUUGGCAUCAGUGAUGGCACUGAUACCUCUCCUGUGGAAUAUACACUCAGUGGUUACCAAUCAGACCAUAAAGUUUCCCCCUGAGUUUAAAAUGCCCCCAGCUCCUGAUUCUCAACAGGUGGGGCACGGCAUCGGGGUUGGGUUAGUGGGGAGCGUCCUGUUGAUAGUCUCUGGGAUUGUUUUCUGUACCUACAGGUUACCUGUGAGGUCACAGCAUACAAGCCAGCAGACUUUGAGGAAAGAAGUGAACCUGGACUGCUCUUCACCCGCAAAAUCUGGGACUGACAGCUCGGUGGUGUUAACAAACGUCACAAGUAAAGAUAACCCAGCGUUUGAGUCUCAUGAACACUUGUGAUUAGCCUGACUUGUGUUUGAAUGAGAAAAACAGAACAGAGAACAAUCAUCUGGUGUACACUUUUCCUUCAGAAAAUUAAGAUUGCACUGAAAAAGAAAGAAAUGCUAUUUAUAAAAAAUAUUAUCAAUGGUAUUUAUUUUUUUAAGUUUAUGUAUUAAGUUUAAAAAAAAAUACAAAUAGCUGACGUGUUGAUAUAUCAUCCAUUAUAACUUUAAGAUAUAAACUCUUGCAAAUUAAUUACAUCUAUAAGUGUAUUUGGAUGGCUAAUUCAAUAUUCAAAGUGUGCAAAUAAAGUGUGCACCCUACAUGAAAGAACAUUUUUACAUCCAUGCAAAUAAAGUAUGAUGCAGCAGGAAAUGUUCACUAUGAGCCACCUCUUCAUCAGGUUGCAUCACACGACAUAUACUGUCAUGAAUGUUAAAUUAACUAAUAUAUCUUAAAUAUACAUGAAUUAUUUUUAACAACUGUUGGCAUAACGCUGCAUGACUUUACAGUUAUGUGUGAUAAAGUGAAACUGAAGCUGUUUCUACAAAGUCUCGAAAGUUUAUACAAUAACAUGUAGUGCCUCUGACUUCAAUAAUUUACAUUUUUUAAAAUGUUGUGUUUUAUCUUUUUUUUUUAAAUAAAAGAAAACAUUCACUAUGUAGGAAAACAACUGUUGUCUAGUUAUAAUCUCAAGCUGCUGGAUGUGGACACACAACUUUAUCCAAGGGACUUAAAUUAAAGAUACGAGAGGAAAUCCACAAUAAAAUGAACAAAUUCC